AUUGUAAUCCACAGUUUUCAUGACCUUGUCCAGUAGCAGGCUAUUUAAUUUGUACAACUGCUGAAGUCUUGACAUACAAGAUGAAGCAAGAUGCCACAAGAAAUGCUGCCUACACCGUGGAUUGUGAAGAUUAUGUGCAUGUGGUAGAAUUUAAUCCCUUUGAGAGUGGAAAUUCAGGAAACCUAAUUGCCUACGGUGGCAGUAAUUACGUGGUCGUUGGCACGUGUACAUUUCAGGAGGAAGAAGCAGACAUUGAAGGAAUUCAGUAUAAAACACUGCGGACAUUUCACCAUGGAGUCAGGGUUGACGGCAUAGCUUGGAGCCCAGAGACUAGACUUGAUUCAUUGCCUCCAGUAAUCAAAUUUUGUACUUCAGCUGCUGAUUUGAAAAUUAGAUUAUUUACUUCAGAUCUUCAAGAUAAAAAUGAAUACAAGGUUUUAGAGGGCCAUUCAGAUUUCAUUAAUGGUUUGGUGUUUAAUCCCAAAGAAGGCGAAGAAAUUGCAAGUGUGAGUGAUGAUCACACCUGCAGGAUUUGGAACUUGGAAGGACUGCAGAUAGCUCAUUUUGUUCUUCAUUCCCCUGGAAUGAGUGUGUGCUGGCAUCCUGAGGAAACUUUUAAGCUAAUGGUUGCAGAGAAGAAUGGAACAAUCCGGUUUUAUGAUCUUAUGGCCCAACAGGCUAUUUUAUCUCUUGAAUCAGAACAGAUGCCGUUAAUGUCAGCACACUGGUGCUUAAAAAACACCCUCAGAGUCGGAGCUGUUGCAGGGAAUGAUUGGUUAAUUUGGGAUAUUACUCGGUCCAGUUACCCUCAAGAGAAGAGACCUGUCCACAUGGAUCGAGCCUGCUUGUUCAGGUGGUCCACAAUUAAUGAAAACUUGUUUGCAACCACUGGUUAUCCUGGCAAAAUGGCAACCCAGUUUCAAAUUCAUCAUUUAGGACACCCUCAGCCCGUCCUCAUUGGUUCUGUAGCUGUUGGAUCUGGCCUUUCCUGGCAUAGAACUCUCCCACUCUGUGCAAUUGGAGGAGACCACAAGCUCUUGUUCUGGGUGACUGAAAUGUAAAAUAAAUUUUCUGUGUACCUUAGAUCCAUAAACUUGGUAUUUUUAGUCCGUA